GUUAGAAGUUUGCUGCCGUCCCCACUUCAUUUUGAUUGUUGUUUGGUGUGGGUGCCGCGGAUCGCUGUUGAAGUACACGAUUACGGGACGCGGACAGUGCAUUUCUCUGCAACUACACACACUUCAUCAGAGAGUGAAUUCACAUUGUACGUCAUUUCGUCGGUGUUUGAUGGUGGUGUUUCUAUGCCCUCGCCGUGUUCAAACGUGUCUUCAAAUGAAUUAUUUUGAGCAAAUGCGAUGCACCUCUUCCUUAGCACGCCAGAAAAGUGUCGCGGAAAAAGCAAUACCACACCAAAAGUGUGCAAAAUGUGAAAAUUGAAAACAAGGUGGUGAAAUCUGAGUGGCAGCAGUAGUGUUGACAAGCCAGAUCGGGGAGAAGAAACUCCCGCCAAAGGAAAACGAAAAGAAAAGUGAAAAGUGUAGAAAAGUGAAACCAAUAUGCUGCUGCUCCCAAAUAUUUCAACGUCAACCAAUCGUACCCAAAACACGAGCCUGCUGGUGGUGUGGUGAAGUAGUCAGCACAGGGUGGCCGAAAAUUGUGGAGUAGUGUAAGAAAAAAUAAGAGUAAGAAGAAGAAAGGAAAUCAUCUCAAUCGGGAGAAAAGUCGUUAAGAUUUGCUUGACACCGACCAGCCACCAAAUGGAGGAGAAAUAGCAGCAGUAGCAGCAGUAGGAUCGUUUGCGAUUGCAGCAGCUGUCGAUCGCGCCAGGUACGAAGUGAGUGCGAGGUGCUCCGUUUGAAGGGUGAAAUGUGUGUGUGAGUGGUUCAAAUGUGUAAUCCCCCAAAACAACAAAUACAGAAAGGAGAAAAGAGAGAAAAAAAAGCAGUUUGGUUACGGCAGACGCGCAUCUAACCUUGGCCAGCCCAGCCACCAGCGCCAGAGUGCUUUUGGGGCGAGUGUGUGUGUGAGUGAGUCAGUUAAGUGUGUAAAUAAAGGUCCGGGUUUCGAUGAUCGCGACUCGAAAGUAGUGAAAUCGGAAGAAAGAAAGUGAAGUGACGCAGCGACUGCAGCGACGUUUUCAGUUUGUGUCCCCCAUGGUUUGUGUGUGCGUAUGUACAUGUGUGUCUGUUUGUGAAAUAUAUUUCUUUAAAGUGUGGAAGUAAAUGUUUCCUUAGUGUUAGAGAUACAUGCAAAUGGUAGCAGUGGAUGUGUACUACGUGUAAGAAAGCAGUAAAAUACGGAAACGAGUGAUUACAGUGCUAAAACAUACGAAAGCAAAUCGAGCUAGAGUGUGCAACAUAGAGUAAGAAAACAGAUAACCAUCGUGUUGUGUUCGCUUGGUAGCUGAAGUAGCAGUAGCAGCAGCAGUAAACCACCAACUCAAAAAGCAAUUCUUCAAGACUAUGUUUUAGCUGAAUAGUAUUUCCCAUAUUUCUCGCUGAGUACAUCGGUCACCGCUAACCAGAACACACCACUGCAGAUAAUAUUUCGUGAAUCUCAGCGAAUCUUCCUCCACACGACGGUGUCAUGUCCCGCGUAACGAUGAUCCCGAAGAGAUGUGCCGCAAAUAUAAACGCCUAUCGAAGCAGCACGUUGGUCAGCUUGCGGCUUGACCGUGUCCUCAAUCCGGGCUGCAUAUGAACGUCUCUAGCGUUAUGAGACAACUUCUGUAGCGCAACAGGGGGUACAGAACAACGGUCAAACCAGUAAAGGCCGAUAGUCUUAACGACGUGCAAUAGAAGAAAAGAGGAGAAACUUUAGCCCGUAGCUUCCAGAAUCAUUGUAAUACUAUUUAAUACACAAUCAAGCUCCAGACUCCUCGCGAGAAAGUUUUGGGGAAAAACUGUACAGAGUAGAAAGGAAUGAAUCUCCGCCAAUUCUGUUACGAAUAAAGACACUAACCGCAAAGAGUGCUUGUGCGAAAGUGUCCAGAAAACUCUAAGAAUCUCUGCAAUCGAAUAGAGAUCGUUCGGCUCGAUCGGAAGCAAACGACAUCGAAUCUCAACCGCUUCGUUGAGCGACAUCCAGCAAAACGCUUUUAAAACAGUCCUUUCUUCUUCCUUACCCCUUCCCGGUUGGUCAUGUACCGUGUAAACAUUGUCAGCACAAAUCCGAGUGUGUCAGCGAGCAGCAGCAGUGGAACGAGUGGAACGAGUGGAACGAGUGCGGGCAGCGUGAUCCUUCAGCAAGCGCCGCAAAUCCUCAGCAUCGCCGGCGGCAGCACGACGAUCCUGGCUGGACAAUCGGGAACGACGACGGCCCUGCCCAUCGGCACGAUAGUCAGCAUCCAGCAGCCGCACCAGCCCCAGCAGCAGCAGCAGCAGCAGACGGCCCGGCAACAGACGGCCACUACACCCGCGACCGCGACGAUCAUCGGCUUGAGUGCCAGUACGCUCAGUGCACUGAAUGCGGCAACGGCGGUCGGUACGGGUGGUGGGGCCACGAUAGCGAGCGGUGGUGCGACGAUCACACCCGUGAUAGGUAGCGGUGGUGCCGGUGGAGCGACAGUCGUCGCCAACCAGCUGCUAAAGGUGGCCGGCGGCAACAACAACAGCAUCAGCAUCCUGAAGAUCGGUGAUGACAUCAUGCUGAAGGCGGUGAAAGUAGAACCCCUGCCCAGUGAUACGGGCGGUGGAGGGGGUGGUGGUGGCGGCGGCGGCGGAGGAGGAGUAGUGGCAACCCCCACCGGAAGUAGUACGAGUGUCACUGCCAACACCGUUACCGUGACGACCAUUCCUCCCGCGAAUGGUGGCGGACAUGUUGUCUUUGGUGGCAAGCGGAGGCACGAAAGCAACGAAGAAUGGAUAUCCUCACCUAGUCCUGGAAGUGUGCAAGGAUCGGCCCCGCCACUGAGCCCCUCGCCCGGCUCGCAAAGUCACACCUACACCAACACGAUGUCGAACGGCUACUCGUCACCGUUGUCCAGCGGCAGCUACGAUCCGUACAGUCCAAAUGGCAAAAUGGGCCGUGAAGAUUUGUCCCCGUCGAGCAGUCUGAACGGCUACACCGGCGAUGGCAGCGAGGCGAAAAAGCAGAAGAAAGGCCCAACGCCGCGGCAGCAGGAGGAGCUCUGCCUCGUGUGCGGUGACCGGGCGAGCGGCUACCACUACAACGCACUUACCUGCGAAGGCUGCAAAGGUUUCUUCCGGCGCAGCGUCACCAAGAACGCGGUCUACUGCUGCAAGUUUGGGCACGCGUGCGAGAUGGACAUGUACAUGCGGCGCAAAUGCCAGGAGUGCCGGCUGAAGAAGUGUCUCGCGGUCGGCAUGCGGCCGGAGUGCGUCGUGCCGGAGAAUCAGUGCGCCAUCAAGCGGAAGGAGAAGAAGGCGCAGAAGGAGAAGGACAAGGUGCCGCCGAACCCGUCGACCACCACCGUGAGUACAACGAACAGCAGCAGCUACAAGUCGGAGCUGCUGCCGGUGCUGAUGAAGUGUGAAUCACCGCCCACCGCCGCGAUACCGCUACUGCCGGAGAAGCUGUUGAACGAAAACCGACAAAGAAACAUACCUCUGCUGACGGCGAACCAGAUGGCCGUCAUCUACAAACUGAUCUGGUACCAGGAUGGCUACGAGCAACCGUCGGAGGAAGAUCUCAAGAGGAUAAUGAUUAACUCACCCAACGAGGAGGAAGAUCCCCACGAAAUCCACUUCCGGCACAUAACGGAAAUCACCAUCCUCACAGUACAACUAAUCGUCGAGUUCGCGAAGGGACUGCCAGCAUUUACCAAGAUCCCGCAGGAGGAUCAGAUAACGUUACUAAAGGCCUGCUCCAGUGAGGUGAUGAUGUUGCGAAUGGCCCGCCGGUACGACGCCGAAACCGACUCCAUCCUCUUUGCCAACAACCGAUCGUACACGCGCGACUCGUACAAGAUGGCGGGCAUGGCGGACACGAUCGAGGACCUGCUGCACUUCUGCCGGCAGAUGUACACGCUCACGGUGGACAACGUCGAGUACGCGCUGCUGACCGCGAUCGUCAUCUUCUCCGACCGGCCCGGGCUCGAGAAGGCCGAGCUGGUGGAAACGAUCCAGAGCUACUACAUCGACACGCUGCGCGUCUACAUCCUGAACCGGCACGGGGGCGACCCGAAGUGUAGCGUCACGUUCGCGAAGCUGCUGUCCAUCCUGACCGAGCUGCGGACGCUCGGCAACCAGAACUCGGAGAUGUGCUUCUCGCUCAAGCUGAAGAACCGUAAGCUGCCCCGCUUCCUGGAGGAGAUAUGGGACGUGCAGGACAUACCGCCGGUUGGGCUGGCUCGGCAUCAAGAGCUGGUCGCACAGCAGCAGCAGCAGCAGCAGCAGCAACACCAACAGUCGGACAAUCCGAACACUUCCUCAAUGGCAUCCACCUCGUCGACGAUCGUCGUCACACCGAUGCAGCAAUCCAGUCAGCUUCAGCUGCAACAGCAACAGCAGCAACAGAUGCACAGUAACGGAGUCGUACCCACACUGCCGGUCGGCGGCGGUACGAGCGUGGUCGGAGGAAUAGUUACUAAUAGUAUCACCACGAACGGCGGCGGUGCGGUAAACGGCAGCAGCAGUAACACGGGCGUCAGCAGUAAUAGCAGCAGCAGCAGCAGCAGUAGUAGUAGUAACGCGAGCAGUAACGGCAACAGCAACGGGCUGCUCUCCACCGUCGGCAUGCUCGAUCACCACGUCGUAUAGCUAGCGUAGGGCACGGUGCUGCCCCCGGUGGUCGGCGCCGUCACCGCCCCGGACGUACUGUUCGACAGUCACGUGCAUCCGCUGGCCGCGCUGAUCGGUGCUGCCGGCGGCGUUGACGACGGCGACCACGCGGCCACCGGAAGCGUCUUCCCGGACGACGACAUUCUAUUUAUCGUAGAGAGUUAAUUUAUUUGUUUUCUUUUUUUUUUCUUUUUUUUUUUGGCCCACAACAACUCCUCUUUGGUGGGUUUCUUUUUUGCCUCUCCUGAGUGUGUUUGUGUGCAAAUGUUGCGAAAAUGACACUGGAAAAAGAGUCAGUAGUGGUGCACAAAUCAUCCACCGAGUUUUGGAUUGAUGUUUUUUUUUAUUUUAAAAACACACACACAGACAUACACUCACACAUACACACCCAAAGUUGAAGGUGUGCGUGUGUGUUUUGGCAGAUUGUAACAAUACUUCAUUCCUCACCUAAUUAUACAGCUAGAGUCUUUUUUUUGUACAGUAAACUGUAACGUAAAGUGAAAACCCGGAAGUAAUGAAUUGUUUUACGUUUAAGGCAGUUAGUUUGUUAGAGGAUCGCGGUUUUUCUCUUCUGUUGUACAUCUUCCAGCUUUGUUGCGUUAGGAGAAGAGGGAACGAGAGGGACGAUCCCACCCCCAAAACGGGAUUGUUUGCAAUAGGGAGUUUUGCAUUGUAGAUAAGUGAAGUGUUUAAUUGAAUAUUGAGCAAGGAAGCUAUCCCCCCCCCCCCCUCGGACCGCCGCUGCGUUGUGUGUGCGCGUAAAUCUGUGUUGUGAAUGAUGAAAGAGUACUACUAUUAGCUCUACGAUAGUAAGUGGCAGGAUUAGGAUCGUUUUUUUUAUUAUUGUAAGGUAGGGAAGCGCACCAGCACCAGUGUGCAGCAUUUCCGGUUACCCAUCGGAUGCGGGGGUAAUUGGUAAGAGUGUGCACAGAUCGAUGUGCUGCGUCGUGUGCGGUGUAUUUAAGCGGUAGGGAUGUUUAACGAUACUGAAAUAAGCUAAAGGGGAACACACACUAGCAAACUACUACUAUUACUACUACUACUACUACGACUACUACUGCUACUACUAUUACUGUGGAAAAGCUGCGAAAGAAGGUGCAACGAGACGUGCUGCACCCAUUUGCACCCCCCCCCAACAAUCCAACUUAAGAACACCGUCACACACUCACACACACUUCCUCCGCGUGGAAGAACCCCCUUCAACAUUUAAAUAUACUGCCACAGCUACAUUGCGCUGCUGUAGUUGUAGUAGUAGUAGUGUAGUACCAUUACUACUACUACUACUACUACCACUACCAUUUUACUUUGUCAAAUUGCUGCUACCCUUAAAACACUGCGAGAAGGAGAGCGCUACUGUGAAACGAAAUGCAACCGAAUCCGCCGGAGAAAGGGAAACCCAAAAUUCCACCUCCUUUUUGACGGCUCAACGCCUCCUACUGCCAAUAGAGAAAUACCGUACAGUAGCAUACACAGAAAAAAGAAGCGGCACGCCACAACAAGGUUCACAUUGAUUUAGGUGAUCCCUCCCCUUCGGGGUGUAUGUGUUGUAAGGUGGACUCGGUGUGCGUUGAAGGGUAAGAUAUGGACAGGUGUGUGCGGUGUGCGGUUCGGAAACACCUUCUUUCGUAUCGUUUGGCUGUGACUUGUUAAUAAUUUUUAAGAGAAGCAUAUAUUAUUAUUAUUAUUAUUACUACUAUUACGAUCAACAAUAUUACUAUUAGCGCGGUCACACACGCACGCACACCGUUCUCUUGGCUUUAGAUGGCGAGAAAUGGUGUGUGUGUGUGCGUGAGUGUCUGUGGCGCAAGCACUCUAGCCCUUGCGCAAGAGAAAAACGGAAAAGAAAAAGGAUAUAUGUAGGGGAAGCUAUUGUGUGAACCCGGGAAUACAGUGUUUACAGAAGCAAAUCGCUCCACUUUCCUUCGCCCCCUCACAGAAAGAUAGAGUUAAUAAGCUAGCGGAGCUAAGUUACUUUCGGAAACAAAACCUCUCCACACACGCACGUGGUUUAUAAAAGCAAAAGCAGAAAAAAAACGCAACAGCGGGAAGAUGAAGUUGGGGGGAUUUUCUCGCACUAAUGGCGGUGGUUGUUUUCCGAUAUUUGGAACGAAUUUCAGUGCGGUUCAGCAGUAGUAGUAGUAGUACUCUGGGCCGUAGCAGCUGUGUGUGAGAUGAUCCCGCGACCACUUCCUCUUCCGCGCGUUGUUUUGUGUGGUUUAGUAGGGGAAAAACACACAGUUUCACUAAAAAUGAAAGGGAAAAAGGGGACGAAUCGACCGGAUCGAAACACACUGUGGUGUGCUUUCUUUUUCCCCCCAAAAACUCUCUCGCUCUAUCUCUCUAUAACAGCACACGCAGACGAUCGUGUAGUGUGAGUUUAAAAUGUUUUAAGCAAAACCCUCAAAACCUUCAAAUGCAGUUCACACAAAACGGUUCAACACAAAUCGCAAAUGUGGUGUUUGCUGCUGCCUGCUAUCUUCACGGCGGCUUGAUUGAUUGAUUGAUGAGUGGAAAAGGAAAAGAAAAAGGGUGGUUUGCGGGAAAAGAGAGUGAGAAACGUUUAUAAUGUAGCAAACUGUUGGCAAAAGAAUUGUAGUUUGAAUGCAUAGGUUUUGUUGCUUGUGUAACACAAUUUAGUAUGGAAUUUAGAGAACAUAAAACGAUGUGCAUUUAAGUUUUACACACUCUCCUCCCCACUAGGCUCAAAAAAUCCAGGUUUUUCGAGAAACGUCCUGAAUCCAGAAAGGCUUCUUUAUUUGUCGUUGCAAAACGCACUCGCACACGCACCCACACAAACAAUCGGUUGUUACUUUAAACAUAUCCUGUAAUGCGUAAUGUGUUUCCGUAAGCCUUUAUUCAAUCUCUUUCCUUGUGCCGCGCGACCACUCUUCUGUACGUGUGUGUGCGUUUAGAACCCAUUCUGUUUUAGUCGAAAAUGCAAACAAUUAAAUCAAUUAUUAGUCAAAAGAGUUGUUGUAAAUCGUGUUCUAGCCAAAUGCGGCCAACUGUAACAAAGAAAGAUUCUCUCCCCCCACCCGUUUUGCCCUUGUUAAAUUACCUUGUUUCCAUCCCUUGUAUUAAUUUUAUAGCAAAAUUUUAAGCUUAUUCCAUUUAAUUACAAACACACACACACCAUCCACAAUACCACACCCGUCCGUUCCUACAAAGCAAAAACGACCAUUAAACGUUUGCGGUUGUCAAUUAAUUGCAAGCUGCUAAUGCGCGUGUGUUUUACUUUUCCGUAGUUGUUUCUAAUAAAGUGAAAUGGAGAACAAAAAAGCUUUUACAAAAAUAGAAAACAAACAACAAAAGCAGCAAAACAAGAAGGGAACAACAAGAAUUAGUUUUUGACCGUUGUCGUGCUAAUUUAAUUUAAUGCUUCCCGAGCUACUGCACUUUGCUUUACAAAAAGGAGAAGAAAAUAAGACAUGAAAAUGAGAAAACGAAGAAAUCGUGUAUGUGUGAUGCGAGAGGGAAGAAAGAGAGCGAAUGUGUAGAAAGAGUGUAUGUAAGAAAACUUUUUUUUUAAAAAGACAGUUUUUCUUUCUGUUUGUGUUCGGAAACGGAGGUGCCUUUUGACAAAACAAAACAAAACAAAUAACCACAAACAAAUGUCGCAAACAGUGCAGGAAAUCUAAAAAAAGAAAAGUUAAAACACACACCAUUAAACAAGCAGAACAGAGUGUACGGAGUAAAGCAGCUUCAUUCAUACAAUCUUCAAACUUCAUUACAAACAGUAAAAUAGAAAAAGAGGAAAAAGGAAGACAAGCAAAACAUAAAAAACAACAGUAAAGUUGUAAUUUGCGUUGCAAAAGAUAACUCGAGAAGAAAACAACGCGAAAAGUGAAAAGCAAACAUGUAGACAAAACACACACAUAAACAACAACAAAACUUUACUAGAUAGGUGGGAACGGGAAACGAAUUGAAAAAGAGUGAUUUUUUUGUAGUGCAACACGAGUAAUGAGAGGCAAACAACAAAACGGACUGAUUACUUGGAGCGGCGUCGUGAUGGUUUCGUUUUGGAAGUGCGAUGAAAAGUGUCCGAUGAAACGAAUGGGAGGAGAAGCAAGUUUUAUGCAAACACCACCUCAUAACCAGAAAAGAAUAGAUGCGCCCACAAAAACCAACCAACCUUUUCGUUCUCUCUUUAUCACACGAUGGAGGGAAGAGGAAAAAAAAGUUAAAAAAAACCUUUGUAAUUAACGUGAAAAAGAAGCUUUUUGGGGAGUAUAAAAUCUCAACACACAGGAUAAGAAGAGUGCAGAACAAAACAAACAAAAAACACUACACACCGAUUAGAGCUCUAGUAGCACACGAAUGCAGCUGAAGGAUGGAAGACACACACACGCUGUGCAAACUGUAGAUAAAACAUAGGAAAAACGAGAGCAAAAACAAACAACGCAGAAGGAAAAUUUUGCCGCGCUUUUGUGUAAAAUUGUACAGCUUUUAAAAGAAAACACACCCGUAGACGAUUCUUAUCUACACAUGUAAGGAAAAGGCAAGGGCAAAAGGGCAAAAACAAGAGAGCGAGAGAGCAGCGCGAUUACACACAACCGUGUAUUAUAGGCGAAGGAUAGGAAGGAUUAGGAAUAAAAGGGAGAAGAAAAAACACACACAAAAAAUGGGGAAAAGUUGCUGAAACAAAAAACAACAACAAACAACGCCAGCAACGAGCCAGAGAGCGUACAGCAUUAAGAGCGUGCAUAGUGCAUAAUAGUUUUGUGUAAUUCGUGUGUAAGCAUUGAACUGGGAUAUGUGCAAAAUUUUCUCAAAUACUAUUAAUGACUUUAUCGAUAGUUACAUUUUAUUAUUGCUAUAUUAUUUUAUUAUUUUUUUGUAAUAAAAUAUUUCUUUUUUAAUUCA